AUGCGUCUGAGCCACCUGCGGGGCAUCGGCCUGGACGUCGUCGAGGCUGCGACCGGCCCUGUCGGCGAGGACGCGGGUGGUGACGCGGGGGCUCCGGCGUCCGAGCCCGGGCGCGCCGCGCCGCGGCCGAAGAUCUCCUCGGCCUCCUUCGGCGGGUGGCUGGAGGGCCUGCUGGCGGAGGGCGAGCUGGGCGCCAGGUACCCGGCCGCGUGCCGGAGCGUGGCGGGGGUGGCCUGCUCGUGGCGGGACCGCUUCCCGGGCCCCCUGUGGGCCAGGCUCGCGCGGGACGGGUGCAGCACCCUCAUCAAGGAGUCGCGCGAGGCGGUGCCCGUGGUGGCCUUUGUGCAGAAGAGGGUGGCCGAGCUGAGUCCGGAGGACGGCCCGGUCACUAUCCUGGACCUCUGCUCGGGGCUGGGCUUCCUGGGCAUGCUGCUGGUGGAGCUUCUGCCCCCCGAGCGCGUGCACGUGUGCGUGCUCGUGGACCAGGCCUGGCCGCUCAAGGGCGCGCCGCCCCGGGACGCCGACGGAGGCGAGGAGAGCCGCAGGAAGCGCACGCGGCUCAACUGGGACCACGUCUACGGCCUGCCCUGGCCUGCCCCGCUCACGACGCGGCGCUCCGACCUGAAGCUGCCCUCCACGCACAAGCAGAUGCUCGAGAAGAUCCUCGAGCCCGCUCCAGGCCCGGUGUUCGUUCUCGGCAUCCACCUCUGCGGCCUGCUGUCGAUCCGCGCCGUGGAGACCUUCAACAGGGGGCCCAAGUGCGCUGGCCUCGUGCUGAAGCCCUGCUGUCUGCCGUGCCAGGAGUACGCGAAGAGCAGGACGAACUGGCGCCUUGGCGCCCACUCCUUCGCCGCCACAGAGGUGGCUAUGUGGGGAAAGUACAACAAGAACCAGUGGCACGGGCCAGCCAAGCACACGCUGGCCUCCCGCUUCCGGUGCUGGGCCGACAACCUGUACCGGGGGAUCGUCGCCGACGCCAAGAGCUACGAGCGUGUGCCUCUCGUCGAGGGGCACUACCAGGACGCCUACCUCUUUGCGGAGCGAGACUUCUCGCCGGACGCCCCGCCGCCGCCGCCCAGCCUCGAGGAGGACGGCCCAGCGCUCGUGAGGCAGAUCUUAGCCGCUAGUGCUCCGGCAGACGUGCUGGGCGUGUCCGCGGAUGCCUCUGGCAGGGCUCUGCAUCGCCGGUUCGCAGCACUGUCGAGGAGCAUCGGUCUGCUCAUGCCAGAGAUGCCCGAGGCAGAGGAGGCGUUCAUACGCCUGAAGGUGGCGUACGACGGCUUGCGCGCGGAGAAGCGGGAGUCCGUGGGGUGGCCAGACGUGCAGCAAAGGGUGCCCCUCGAGGCUCUGCCUAUAGAGGCCGAGUCCGACGCAGAGAGGCUGGGCGCCGAGGUUUCGGAGCUUGACGCGAGCAUCGACGAGUGGGCGGCGCAGGGCAAGAAGGCCAGGGAGAUCCGGCAAGAGGAGCGGGGCAAGUACGCGAAGGAGCACGAGGACUACGCCGCCUCGAUCGUGGCUCUGGAGCGGGCCAUCCAGGUGCUGAAGAGCCGGACGGACCCCGUCAGAGGGGAAGCGCUGGUGCAGGAGUUCGCGGCCUCCGUGCCGAGGGUGGCCCGAGCGCUCAGGCCCCUGCUCCUCCAGGAGGACAGCGGCGCAGAGGAGCUGGCGGGACCUCCUGCAGCGAACGCCUACGAAUUCCAGUCGUCGGGCAUCGUUGACAUGUUGGAGAAGAUCCGCCACCGCUUCCAGGAAGAGCAGGACGUGCUACAGAAGGAGGAGAUGAACCGCAGGCACAACUACGAACUGGUCACCCAGCAGCUCGCAGACGACACCCAGUACGCGGAGAAGGUCAGAGCCGAGAAGGUUCAGACGAAGGCGGGCCUGCUGGCCGGCGCCGCGGACGACAAGGGCGCGCUGGGGGAGACGCAGGCCUCCAAGGAGGCGGACGAGACGUACCUCAGCGACACCGUGUCGAUGUGCCACCAGAAGUCGCACGACUACGAGGAGCGGCAGGUGCUGCGCGCGGAGGAGCUGGAGGCCCUGAAGAAGGCCAUUGAUAUCAUCUCCAGCAGCAAGGUGUCGGGGGCCGCCGACAGGCACCUGCCCUCCGCGCUGCUGGCGAGCCCGGAGCCUCGUCACGCUUGGGCGUCCCUGGCGCAGCUGCGGAGCUCCUCCGGGGGCGGCGGCGGCCCCGCGCAGCGGCGCGCCGCGGCGCUGCUGGGGCGCGCCGCGCGGCGGUCGGGCAGCGGGCUGCUGCAGGCGCCCCGAGGGCAGAGGGGGGGGGGGGACCCCUUCGUCAAGGUGCGUCAGAUGAUUAAGGACCUCCUGGUGAAGCUCAUGGAGGAGGCGAACGCGGAGGCAGACCACAAGGGCUGGUGCGACACCGAGCUGGCUACCAACAAGCAGACGCGCGACACGGCCAGCGCUGAUGUCACCGACCUCACAGCCAAGGUGGAAGAGCUGAGCGCCCUCGAGACGAAGCUCACGCAGGAGAUCGAGGACCUCAGCCAAGCCAUCGUGGAGAUCGAAGCUGCGAUGAAGAAGGCCCAGGAGGAGCGCGCCAAUGAGAAGACAGCCAAUGAGGGCACCAUCGAGGAGGCCAAGGUGGCCCAGCAGGCGGUGGUGGAGGCCAUCAGGAUGCUGCGCGAGUUCUACCAGCGGGCCGCAGAGGCCACCUCGCUGGCCCAGCAGACCCCUGGGGCGGACUCCCCGUACGUGUUCGACGAGCCCUACCAGGGCAUGCAGGGCUCCAAAGGUGGCAUCAUCGGGAUGAUGGAGGUGAUACAGUCCGACUUCGCUCGCUUGGAGUCGAAGACGAGCACUGCCGAGGAGGAGGCUCAGCGCGAGUUCGUGGAGUUCGUGGAGAAGUCCGAGACGGACAGGGCCGUGAAGGAUCGGGAGAUGAGGCACCGGGGCUUCGCCAAGGACAGGGCCUCCCGGGACCUGCGUCAGACCAAGAAGGACCUGGAGAGCUCCCAGAAGGAGCUGACGGCAGCGCUCGAGUACUACGAGAAGUUGAAGCCUUCCUGCAUCGACCUGGGCAACUCCUACGAGGAGAGGGUGGUGCGCAGGAGGGAGGAGAUCCAAUCCUUACAGGAGGCCUUGGCCAUCCUGAACGGCAACGACCUGCCCACCUCCUCGUGA